GUGUCAUCUCACCACGUUUUAUUUAAUAUAUUCUUACUAUCAUUCAAUUCAAAAUAUUUAAUGUUUCCUCUUCUGAUUUUCUCCUUAUCCCUGUGUUAUUUAUAAAUGAAGCUGAGUUCCGGGAAGCAACCUAGGAACUGACAGUAAUUUCUAUCAUCAAUUUACAGAAACAGUAACUUCCACUCUUUCAAGUUAAGUUCUACAUAAUUUGAGGAAUCAUCAUUUUGGCCUUUCAAGAUAAAUAAAUCUGUUACUGUCUCUCAUCUUCUUUGAACUCCGCAUGUCCAUUUACUUUGAAGCACACAGUAAGAAUGGCAUUUCAAAUUCUUGGAGCCAAAGGCUAUGGCAGUUAUUUUGGCAGAUUUUCUAACAUCAUCACAGGAUCUCAGAUACUCCAAUUGGCUAAGUGAAUUUUGGAAUUGCCUAAAAGAUCUAAAAUAGGCAAGAUUAAAGAGUCCUCAGAAAUAAUACUCAUUGUCUAUUGACUUCUGACAUGCUGGAGAAUUCCAAAUCCAUUAGACAACAGAUUUCCAAUAAUUUCUUAGAAAGAAUUAUAGAUAUCUUAAAUAGAGCCUUGUUUUAAAAAAUGAUGAAGAGUAUUGAUAUAAUAUCUUUGGCAACUCAGAACUUAUUUUCCUUGACUGAAGUAUUUGAAUGCUUAUUAUUACCCAGGUUUUCAGUUACAAAUGACUUACUAUUUUUUAUAUUCACAUAUUAUUUAAGUUCUCAUAAAAUGUUAUCGAGCAUAUGGUUGUCUUUUUCUUAUUCUCUUCCCUUUUAGAAACAUGUUCCAAAUCAAGUAUAGAUAUUAAGAAUGGGUUUAUUUCUGAAUCUCAGUAUACAUAUGCCUUAAAUAAACAAGCGAAAUAUCAGUGCAAACUAGGAUACAUAACAGCAGAUGGUGAAACAUCAGGAUCAAUUACAUGUCGGAAAAAUGGAUGGUCAGCUCAACCCACGUGCAUUAAAUCUUGUGAUAUGCCAGUAUUUGAGAAUGCCAGAGCUAAAAAUAACGUCACAUGGUUUAAGCUGAAUGACACAUUGGACUAUGAAUGCCAUGAUGGUUAUGAAAGUAAUACUGGAAGCACCACUGGCUCCAUAGUGUGCGGUGACAAUGGUUGGUCUGAUUUACCUGUAUGUUAUGAAAGAGAAUGUGAACUUCCUAAAAUAGAUGUACACUUACUUCCUGAUCCCAAGAAAGAACAGUAUAAAGUUGGAGAGGUGUUGAAAUUCUCCUGCAAACUAGGAUUUACAAGAGUUGGACCGAAUUCAGUUCAGUGCUACCACUUUGGAUUAUCUCCUGAUCUCCCAACAUGUAAAGAGCAAGUACAGUCGUGUGGUCCACCUCCUGAACUCCUCAAUGGGAAUGUUAAGGAAAAAACGAAAGAAGAAUAUAGACACAGUGAAGUGGUGGAAUAUUAUUGCAAUCCUAGAUUUCUACUGAAGGGACCUAAUAAAAUUCAAUGUGUUGAUGGAGCAUGGACAACUUUACCAGUGUGUAUCGUUUACAUAGAGGAGGAGAGUACCUGUGGAGAUAUACCUGAACUUGAACACGGCUAUUCCGAGCUUUCUUCCCCUCCUUAUUACUAUGGAGAUUCGGUGGAGUUCAAUUGCUCAGAAUCAUUUACAAUGAUUGGGCACAGAUCAAUUACGUGUAUUCAUGGAGUAUGGACCCAACUUCCUCAGUGUGUGGCAACAGAUCAACUUAAGAAGUGCAAAUCACCAAAUUCAAUUGUAAUUGUGGAAAAUUUAACAAGCAAGAAGGAAUUCGAUCAUAAUUCUACCAUGAGGUACAGAUGUAGAGGAAAAGGAGAACGCCUACACGCAGUCUGCAUAAAUGGAAGGUGGGAUCCGGAAGUGACCUGCUCAAUGGCGCAAAUAAAAUUAUGCCCACCUCCACCUCAGAUUCCCAAUUCUCGCAAUAUGACAACCACAUUGAAUUAUCGGGAUGGAGAAAAAGUAUCUCUCCUUUGCCAAGAAAAUUAUCUAAUUAAAGAAGGAGAAGAAAUUACAUGCCAAGAUGGAAGAUGGCAGUCAAUACCACACUGUGUUGAAAAAAUUCCAUGUUCACAACCACCUCAGAUAGAACAUGGAACAAUUAAUUCAUCCAGGUCUUCACAAGAAAGUUAUGCACAUGGAACUAAAUUGAGUUAUACUUGUGAAUAUGGUUUCUGGCUAUCUGAAGAAAAUGAAAUAACAUGCUACAUGGGAAAAUGGAGUUCUCCACCUCAGUGUGAAGGCCUUCCUUGUAAAUCUCCACCUGAGAUUUCUCAUGGUGUUGUAGCUCACACAUCAGACAGUUAUCAGUAUGGAGAAGAAGUUACGUACAAAUGUUCUGAAGGUUUUGGAAUUGAUGGACCUCCAAUUGCAAAAUGCUUAGGAGAAAAAUGGUCUCACCCUCCAUCAUGCAUAAAAACAGAUUGUCUCAGUUUACCUAGCUUUGAAAAUGCCAUACUCAUGGGAGAGAAGAAGGAUUCAUAUAAGUCUGGUGAGCAAGUGACUUAUACUUGUGCAACAAAUUACAAAAUGGAUGGACCCAGUACUGUAACAUGCAUUAAUAGCAGAUGGACAGGAAGGCCAACAUGCAGAGACACUUCCUGUGCAGAUCCGCCCACAGUAAAAAAUGCUCAUAUAGUGUCAAGACAGAUGAGUAAAUAUGCAUCUGGUGAGAGAGUACGUUAUGAAUGUAAGAGCCCUUAUGAAAUGUUUGGAGAUGAAGAAGUGAUGUGUGUAAAUGGAAACUGGACAGAGCCACCUCAAUGCAAAGAUUCUACAGGAAAAUGUGGGCCCCCUCCGCCUAUUGACAAUGGAGACACUACUUCAUUCCCAUUGUCAGUAUAUGCUCCAGAUUCAUCAGUUGAGUACAAAUGCCAGGACUUGUAUCAACUUGAGGGUAACAAGCGAAUAACAUGUAGAAACGGACAAUGGUCAGAUCCACCAAAAUGCUUACAUGCGUGUGUAAUAUCCCCAGAAGUUAUGGAAAAAUAUAACAUAACAUUGAGAUGGAAAGCCAAAGAGAAACUUUAUUCGAGAACUGGUGAACCAGUUGAAUUUGUGUGUAGAUCUGGAUAUCAUCUUUCAUCAAACUCUCACCCAUUGCGAACAACAUGUCAGGAUGGGAAACUGGAGUAUCCAACUUGUGUAAAAAGACGUCAUUGAUCAUAAAAUGCACACCUUUAUUCAGAACUUUAGUAUUAAAUCAGUUCUCAAUUUCAUUUUUUAAGUAUUGUUUUACUCCUUUUUAUUCAUUAGUACAUUUUCGGGUUAAUUUGUGUAAAUGUAAUUAUAAUCUGAGACCGGUGGCUCUUAUCUUUAAAGCACCAUAUUAAAACUUGGAAAACUAA